AUGCUUACUCGAUAUAUCGCUUUCGUCUUCCUGCUUCCUCUGGCUAAUAGCUGGACCUUCCGCUACACCAACGAAACAAACGAGACGGAAAUCAUUCGCGGCAAUGAGGAAAAAAACUGCACAAUCGCCAAUAUCUCCGAGGAAAAGCUGUUUACAUGGGAUCCUGAAGGCAGCAAACAAUGUGUUUCAAUCUAUCGUGACACAGCCUGUGAUAGCAUGGGUGGCUACUCAUGUACGGCGUGGCGCAAAAAUGCCAGUAGGACUUUCAUGGCGUUCGACAUAAUGCCCGAGAAUCUGAUUCUCUCAAAAGAUCAGACCUCAACGAUCGCUUCAACUUCGACAGCACCUUCGACAUCUGCAUCCACAUCGACAACUUCGACAUCUUCAGUUUCGGUCUCUUCGAAUACACCGACAAGUUCACCAUCCAAUGCAGCCGCUGCUGGCACUACAAACAGCGGCUCUUCAGCUGGUUUGUCUGGUGGAGCAAUUGCCGGUAUUGUGAUUGGUGUUGUUGCUGCUGUCGCGAUCCUAAUCGGCCUAGUCGUCUUUUUCUUAAAGAGACAAACGAAACAAGACAAGACUGGCCCAGUCGUUCAACCCGGUGGAUACGGGCCCCACGAAGCGGACGGUACUGGUUCAUCAAUGAGUGGCACAACAGCAAAAGAGCCGCUUACAUCGCUUGGCUUCCGUCCUGUUCCCGGUUCCCGGUUUGUGGAACUCAAAGGCGACGAAGGUAGUACGGAAUUGGGCAGCAGCCCAAUAAGUGAGCUCGACGGAGCUUCUGCAGGAGUGCAGCCCCGUCCUUUCUAG